AUGACUGACCUUAUCAAAAGAAUAUGGAUUUUUAUAAUCGUGACAAUAUUUACGUGUUAUUUCAUUAACUAUUAUUACGCUUCGUAUUUGAAACGCGAAAUAUCGACGAUUCUGACAUAUCCAAAAACUGAUCACUCGAAUUCGAAUUCGUCUAAUAUUGCGACUCGACAUUCAAUGACGAAAGAAUUUACGGAUUACGAACUAGUUCUACCUCAUUGCAAAAUAUUAAAAUUAAAUUCUUCUGAUAUACAGUAUCCAGAACCCGAAGAACUGAAUAUGAGGUUAGAAUGUGUACCCGGCAAGACAGUUCCUUUGACAUACAUUGACUCGGGUAGAAAGCAGGAAAAGUCGGAAAACGAACACGUUUAUUCUUUCAAUAUGAGGGUAAAUUUAACCGCCUUACGGCUUUAUUAUGGUGGCGAUGACGAUUUUAAAAAUUGCAAAUACCAACGAAUAUUGAGGGACAUAAAAUCGGACAAUCCGGAUGACAGCAUUACUCUCACAAAAUCUGUCAAGUUUAAAUACGACACUACUAUUCAUUUAAAUUCGACUUCUUUUCGAAAGCGAAAUGAUGUCAAUCAGAAUUUCGAUAUAUUCAUACGGGUCAGAUGUUUCCAUAGUGACAAGUCGGUAAUUUAUCAAUACGUGCACACAGUUCCCCGAGAAUCAGUGUCUCGUUACGUGAUGUCCCAACGAUCUAACAAUAAAGUUAUUGAAGCGGUACGCAAGUUUAACGUAUUACUUAUGGGGAUAGAAUCUACAUCGAAUAAGAAUUUUGAGAGAAGUUUGCUCAAAACCUACGAAUACUUGAGACGCAAAAGAAAAAAAGUAUUUACAUUCAAGGGCUACGCUAAGAUAGGAGAAAAUACGUAUCCGAAUUUAAACGCACUCCUAACCGGAAAAUUUACGCGGGAAAUUCCUAGCGAUGAGCACACCUAUUUCGAUAAUAUCAGCAUGAUAUGGCGGCAAUACGAGAAACAUGGUUAUUCUACCAUUUACUUAGAGGACGAACCCUAUUGGUCAACUUACAAUUUUGAGAAAUACGGAUUUUAUAAAUCCCCUUCUCAUUUCUAUUUCAGACCGUUUACACUGGAAUUAGAAAAAACUAUGCGACGACUGUCAUCCGAAGAAUAUUGUUGUGUGUAUGGCAAAAAUGAGGUAGAAAUGUUGCUGGAUUAUUCGAAAGGAUUGAUUCAGGAACUGGAAGAAUCAGAUCAACCAUAUUUUAAUUUUAACUUUUUAACUAGAUACACCCACUCGCAACUACAGGGACUAGAUGACGUAGAUGGACUUUUGUAUAAUUAUUUUAACGAACUUAUAGAGAGUCAUCGCUUAAAGAAUACUUUUAUCUUCUUAUUCGGUGAUCACGGGUUAAGAUACGGGUCAUUUAGACAUAAUUUAAAUGGUUUCGUAAUUUUCAUAACAUGA